AUGUCAAAAACUCAACAACAACCAAUUACAAAUUCGGCAAAAUUUAAUUUGUUUAGUAAUUCAACUUCUUCAUUGGAAGAAAAUAAUUGUGCACGCGCACCACCACCACCACCACCACCACCACAACCACCAGCUUCAUCAUCUUCAUCAAACAAUAUUAAUAUUAGUAGUCAUAAUAAUAAAAAAUUUCAUCAUAAAAAAUGUAUUUCAAAAUUAAAAUUAACUCCAAUUUGUUGUAGUUCAACAGGUAAUAAUAUAAAUAUGGAUUGUAUAAGCUCUAAUUCAGAUUCAGAUAUUUUUGAAAGGUCAUUAAUUAAAAACGAACCAAUUUCAAAUUUAGCAAAUAUAGAAACUCCUGAACAUUUUAAUUUAGAAAAUUUUACAAGUCCUAUUCUUGAUUCAACUAUUGAAAUAUGUUCAAAUCCUCAAAUUGGUUUGGACAAUAUAAAGCUUAAUUGUUAUGAAGAAGAAGAAGAAGAUCAUGAUGAUGAUGAUGAUGAUGGUGAAAAAACAGAUAUUAAUAAUAAUAAUAAUAAUGAUGAUGAUGAUGAUGAUGAUGAGCAAUAUGAAGAAAUUUAUGGUACUUCUCCAAAACAAUAUAUGGGGCGAAAUAAUGAAGAAGCUUUUAGACCAAGAAGUAGAUCAAUUAUUUCUCAAAAUUUAAUAACAACUUUAAAUCAAAUACAAUCUAGAAAAGAAUUGGAUAAAUCUAAAUCAUCAAAUGUUUUAAAUACUACUGCUGCUGCUUAUAAUAGACCUUUAAGUAAAAGAGCUAGUUCAUUUAGUGGUGCAACUGCAUAUAGUAGAGAUAAGAAAAAAGAUCAUAUAAAUCAAAAAAAUACUAAUGCUACAAGUGCUGGAGGAGGUAAUUGUCAAUUUUUGAAUUAUUAUUCAUUUGCUGAAAUGAUUAAAAAUGAAGAUAAAGAUGAUGGAAUAAGUCCAACAAGUCAAAAUUCAAAUAGUAAUACUAGAAGAGGCUCUUAUGCCACAGUAAAUGCCAAAGAUUAUAUUGGUGUUAUUUAA